UUUUCGCAGCCAUUGCAGAGUCGUGUGUUUGUGUCAAGACUCUGCCCUAAAAAAAUAUAUAGGGCAUCGAGAAAUUACUUAACCAUAAUACUAAACAUAUAACAAUACAUAAUAAUACAGAAUAAUGGCCCUUUCAGAGAACUGGAAGAAGCUCAGUUUAAGAGUAGAGAAGAAUGGUAAAGGCAAGGGCCAAGGCAAAGAUGCAGGAAAAGGCAAAGUAGUCAAAGUUCGGAAAUUCAAGAAAGUAGUCAAGGUAGAUGAGCAUAAUCAUAAUCAUAAAGUCAUUGAAAAGGUUAAUGUAAUACCGACUAAAUCCACCAUUGAAAGUAUAUUAGCAACCGAUAAAGAAAUCACUUCGCAAGAUCUUUUAAAUGCUAAAGAAUCUGAGAGUCACAAGUUAAUACCGAAAGGUAGUGACUCACGUAAAAUUGAGCCGGGGAAAUAUUUAUCAAUGGAUUGUGAAUUUGUUGGAGUAGGACCUGAAGGAGCUGAGUCAGCUCUUGCUCGAGUUUCAAUAGUUAAUUUCUAUGGUCAUGUAAUACUCGAUGAGUUUGUGAAACCUCGAGAAAAAGUUACCGAUUGGAGAACUUGGGUUAGUGGAGUUACUCCAAAACAUAUGCAUAAUGCUAUAACAUUUACUGAAGCCCAACAGAAAACUAGUGAUUUAUUAAAGGGAAGAAUCUUAGUAGGACAUGCCAUUCAUCAUGAUUUAGAUGCCUUAUUCUUAUCUCAUCCCAAAGUGAUGAUUAGAGAUACAACUCAAUAUGUUCCAUUUAGAAAGAUUGCUAGUGGUAGAACUCCAUCAUUAAAGAAGUUAACUCUGCAUUUUUUACAAAUCGAUAUUCAAGGGGCUGCGCAUUCUUCAGUAGAAGAUGCCCGAGCCACUAUGUUAUUAUUCAGGUUACAUAAGAGAGACUUUGAAAGACAGUUGAGACAGAAGAGUAAGGUGUAGAUAUGUGUAUAUAUGUAUUAAUAAACCAUAGUCUAAUCUAAUUAAAUAAUAAUUCUUAAUUCUUAAUUCUUAAUUCUUAAUUCUUAAUU